AUGGCACCCUCCCAAGCCUACACCACCUCAACCGACCACGAGCAAUCCCUCUCCUCCGUCUCCCGACGGCGUAACCCCCAUGCCUCUACCAACGGCACAAACGGCACAAACGGUAACCCCCGUCCCUCCUCAUCAUCCUCCUCAUCCACCUCAGACUUGUUCACUUCUAGUAGCCCCAACGACCCCUUCACCACCUCUUCUACCACCUCCUCUACCUCCUCUACCACCAACGGCACCAACAGCACCACCAACGGCACCGGCACUCUAGGCGGCAUCCUAGUAACCACCACCACAACCACCACCACACGCAACGCCAACUCCCCUCUGACACCCAUCCCGCGCGGUCCGGUAAUCACUGGGCCCAGUCCCAGUCCCUUAAGUCUGGGAUCACCUGCCUUGCAACCGAUGUCGCCGACCAGAAGUAGAGAAAGCAGUAGUGCUAGAGGUGGCUCAACCCACCACGGCUCAAACCAUUAUAGCCGGUCGUCACGUGGCGUUCCUAGGGGUCGAGGUCAUGGAGUUAUUGCGUACAGCGGAUAUGCUAGCUUUUCAGAUGGCUCUACGAAUGGUUUUAAUGGUGUUCGUGGAUCCCAAAGCGUUUACAGCUCUCAUGGCUCUCAUGGCUCCCCUAACGGCGUCAACGGUGUCAAUGGCGUCAACGGCGUCAACGGCUCCAACGGCUCCAACAACUCCAGCGGCGGAAGGGGAAGGCCAAGGGGAACCGCAAGUGAAAGAGCAACAGCAAUAGGACCCCCAUCCUACUCCAUCUUCACUCAACGCGCCAUGGCUGCUGCUGCGGCUGCUGCAGGUCGCGGUACACGUACCAGUAGAGGCGGACCAGGACCAGGACCAAAUAACAACGUAGCGCCCCCCGUCGUUUCGCCGUCCAGGACCGUGAAAGCUGGCCAUUCCUAUACGACCGACGUUGAUCCUGAGGAAGACCGACAGGCAUUGAGGUGCAUGAACAGUUCCUUUCUCGAUCUGAAGACGUUCGAAGCCAGGAAUCCACUCUUGAACGUAGUCAAGUAG